UCAUGCAGGAGUGUCUGCCAGCAUGAUGAAGAAAAGAACUUCCCACAAAAAGCAUAGAAACAAUGUGGGACCAAGCAAACCUAUUUCUCAGCCACGAAGAAAUAUUGUAGGCUGCAGAAUACAGCACGGAUGGAAAGAAGGGAGUGGACCUGUAACACAAUGGAAGGGCACAGUUCUUGAUCAAGUUCCUGUAAAUCCCUCUCUCUAUCUUAUAAAGUAUGAUGGAUUUGACUGUGUGUAUGGACUAGAACUGCACAAAGAUGAAAGAGUUUCAGCACUUGAAGUUCUUCCAGACAGAGUUGCUUCAUCUCGAAUUAGUGAUGCCCACCUGGCAGACACAAUGAUUGGUAAAGCUGUGGAACAUAUGUUUGAGACAGAGGAUGGCUCAAAAGAUGAAUGGAGGGGGAUGGUUUUGGCUCGAGCUCCUAUUAUGAACACAUGGUUUUAUAUUACCUACGAGAAAGAUCCUGUCUUGUACAUGUACCAACUCUUAGAUGAUUAUAAAGAAGGUGACCUUCGCAUUAUGCCUGAUUCGAAUGAUUCACCUCCUGCAGAACGGGAACCAGGUGAAGUUGUGGACAGCCUGGUAGGCAAACAAGUGGAAUAUGCCAAAGAAGAUGGCUCAAAAAGGACUGGCAUGGUCAUUCAUCAAGUUGAAGCCAAACCAUCUGUCUAUUUCAUCAAGUUUGAUGAUGAUUUCCAUAUUUAUGUCUACGAUUUGGUGAAGACAUCCUAGACGUCAUUGUGAACUUUUGCCAAAUUUGUGGAACUAUUAAAUGUAAAAUUUGUAGAAACAAAGACUUGACUGCUUUCCAGUUUAAUGAAAGCUUAAAUGUCCCUGCGAACCCACAAUCUCUGCCAGCAAAACUAUUUUGUUCUGAAUAAUAUAAACAAACAUGACACGUUUUGUGUAAGAGAACUCCUUUUCUUGAAGGAAGUCAAUAUAUUUGGGCAGGAGGGAGUUAAAAGCAAAGAACAGCUGCAAAUUCAAGCUGUGUAAAGUUGAUCUAGUAUUGUAAGCAUUAAUCUAAAUUUUUUCAUAGAUUUUAACUUUUUCUUCAAUCUUGCACUCACUUGUUCAACUGCCACAUGCAAGUGUAGUUUGAUAUUUUGAUAUGCCUUCUUUUGUAACAUUAAAUUUAAUUUCUUGGCUACUGGCAGUCCUUGUUUUCAGGGUUGGGACAGAGGUGACUUUUUGAAAGGUUUAAACAGUUUGUGCAGCAUUGAGGAAUGCCCAACCCAAGUAACAUCAGUCUGCUGUGUUUCUACAUGUUAUUUCAAGUGUAGCUUUUUAAGAACUUGCAGUACAUGGAAAUACUUGUGCAUUUUUACUAGUCACAGGGCAGUAGGAUAUCAAGUGUUUGACUUACGCACCUUUCAGUGAAAAGGCUUUAAACUAUAAAAAUAUGUUUAAUCUGUAUAACCAAUUAAUCAGAAAACGCAGGUCAAUGGCCCAUAUUUACAAGUUGUAGGAACCAGUAAAAUACAUGCAACAGGGCUGCCUUCAAUCCUAGAUGUUGUACUUCUUUCUUUGUUUCUUAUACACACUUCUUAGCAAAACCCAAGUGCUUGGUGCCACAACUUCAACAGUAUAUAUGCUACUUCAGAAGACUUCAGACUACGCAUUGGCAAUCAGUAGUCUCUCAUUUAAUAUCAGAACCUAGCAACCUGAAUGUUUGUGUGUGGACUUAGAAGCCUAACAGUAGUUAAUAUUUUACAUAGUAGAUACAAUCUCAUGCCAGAAGGGUGGGAGGGGGUGUCCUUUACACUGAAGACUUACUUUAGAGAAGGAGAAGCAUUUGUUGCCUUCUGCUCAGUCUGUUGCAUUUCUUUGUUUGGUUUGUGUUGGUUUUAACCAUUUUGGUUCAAGAAGGCAUCUUCCCAAUUUAUUGUUUUUCUGGCUUUUCCACAUAAGGAGUGUCUGGACAAAUCUACAGCUUAAACCUGUUGUUGCCUUUUGUGGUGUACAUUGUACUUGCUUUGAGGUAUGCUAUUAAUGUGAAUUUCACUCUAUGAACACUCGAGUUCUGCAUGCCAGUGGUGUACUAUCUAAUGGAAGCUAUAGGCAGUCUCAGUGGUUCAGUCAUCUGCAUUAGAUUGUGGAUGUAAAUAGCAGCCCACAACAGCAAAAUCCUUUCAUGGUUUUAAUCUUGCAAGAUAGUUGUAAAUGAAGAUUAGGGCAGCUUUUAAAAGUAUCAGAAUUGCAACAAUGAUCAGCACAGCAACGGAAUUGUCAUGUUACAUUAAGGCAGAGCUCUGCAAGUUUCAAAGAACUGCUUCACUGAAGUACAGUAUGCGAAGACAGUCAACACUGUUGAUGGAAGGAGCAAAUGCUCUGAUGUCCAACCUUAUGCCAUUAGUGGAAGGAUGCAGGAGAGGUGCUGUUAAUCAGAGAUCAGAGGUUCGGAUGACCUCUGUCGUGGAUAUUCUUGAUAUUGAAGACUCAGUGGUUUAAGCCCCUUUCUGUUCAUUUUUUUGCCUGAUUUCAUAUUUUAGCCUUAAGGCUUGUGCCUCAUUAUACUGUUGAAUGGUAAUAAAUACUCUCCAUAUAAA